AGUAAUAGAACCCAUCAUGAGGCCCAAUCUUCAAGUGGAAGACUCGUCCACCAUUAGGGCUAGGAAGGCUCUGGAAGAACAACGCGAGCCAGAGACGCGCGAAGUAGUAGAGCUUCAAGAUGGCUGCAUAGGGACUGAAUGUUAACAGAACGCCAGCAAUGUGUUGCUGGACUAUGAUAGUAAGUGUUAGGUUUGAUGAAGAAAUUUGGAAUGCUGUUUCUGGAGGUGCCGUCGGGAACGGUAUGCUUCGUCGGGACGGACAUGCUGGAAAUCAGUGGAUACAUGGCACCAGAUUAUGCUAUGGAGGGAUUGCACUCUACUAAGUCGGAUAUCUUUAGCUUUGGGGUUCUAUUGCUUGAGAUUAUAACAAGCAGAAGGAACGCUGGCUUCCAUAGAACAAAACGUGCUCCUAGCCUUAUAGCAUAUGUAAGUACUUUUUGGCUGAAAUUAUCCAAUAAUUUUAUUGGAGGUAAUAUUGCGUUUUCUUGUUGAAUUGCGUAUUUCA